GUGACCCCCCCUCCCCAAUCUGGCAAACAUCCUGUUUUUUUUCUGGUUUUUUUAAGUAUCAUUGAGCAAGUCCCCGGAUCCCUGCUGACAGUGGGGCCCAGCUCUGUAGUUGACCAGCGUGACCUCUGUUGAGGGAGACAGCUGGUUAUACAAUACGAGUGAACCCGAGGAACUUCUUACAUGUAAUAUUUGAUAUAUAUUCACUGCAGACAUAGAGACAGGUAUCAGUAUGUGUUGCAGGAGUGUGACGCUAAAACUGAUUUCAGCUAAAGGCUGCUCGUCCCACGCUAGACUUUGUGAGUUUCCAUUUGCUUUGGCAGUUAUCCUUUAAAAAAAAAAAAAAAGCAGCACCAUGUGACGCAAGAGUCAGGAGGGAUGAACAUGGUGUUUAACUUGGCUCUGCUUUCAUGUUUAAAGUACAGGAUAUAUAAGCAGCGACCUGCACCAGCUCUGCCUCUCAUCUUUACCAGUGUCUGCUCAUCUGUGGUACCUUAUUUUUGUUGCAUUUCACACAGAAAUGAAUCUCCUGAGCUUCACUGUGGUGCUGGGACUGCUGGUGGGGACAUGGGCUCAACCCAUCGUGCGAAGGCCUCUGUGUGACUCCCCCGAGGCGGAGGAGGCUGCUCUGGUGGCGCAGGAUUACCUCAACGGCCAGCACCAUCAUGGCUACAAGUAUGUACUGAACCAGAUCAAUGACAUCAAGGUCUACACGAAGCCAGACGGAGAUGAAUACGACAUGGAAGUUGACCUGCUGGAGACAGACUGUCACGUGUUGGACCCGACGCCUCUUGCCAACUGCACAGUCAGGCCCAAAGUACAGACGGCGGUAGAAGGAGACUGCGAUGUGGUGCUGAAGAAUGUCAGCGGUGUUCUGAAGGUCAUUGCAUUCAAGUGCAAAUCAGAGGUAUCCACAGAGGAUUUGUGUUUGGGCUGUCCCACCCUCCUUCCCCUCAAUCACACCGAUGCGCUGGACUUUGUCCAAGCCUCUCUGACAUCCUUCAACAACAUGACAGUGGACACAACACACGUUCUUCUCGAGGUUGGAAGGUUGUCAUCACAGAUUGUGUCUGGUGGGCCCAUCUUCAUAACAGAAUAUGUGGUUGUUGAGGGAAACUGCACCGAGGAUCCCUGCGUGCCCCUGAACGAUGCCAUGGCUACUCGUGGGAUUUGUACAGCCAAAGGUACAAUCGCCCAACACAGCGUGGACUGCAAGAUGUUCUCCACUCUGAUUCCCAUUGUAGAUGCCAACAGCACUGCAGCUGCAGACCCCCUCCUACCACCAGCGGUUCAUGUGCACACACACGGCCUGUCACACAAGCACGGCCACAGCCACCACAAACUGACGGCUCUCCACAACCCCCAUCAAAACAUCCUGUUAUCUGCAGAGUCAGCUGAAGUUGUACCUGUCGUCCCUGCUGCUGCUUUUCCAGCUGCAGAUCCAGCUCUUGCUGCAGAUUAUGAUACAGCUGGAGAAUCUUUACAGAGUAAGGAGCCACCUCUUUUCUUCAGGAAGAGAGAUGUAUCUGCUGCCAUCAUGGUUGAUGCUCCUGCUGCUCAAACAGGACCAGUUUCUCUCGUGCCAGUGUGCCCAGGAAGAGUCAGAUUCUUCUAAGUGUUCAAGUCCCACAGA